UAGCCGCCAAAGGUCCAGUAAACAACUCUUUCCUAAGAUUGUACGGUUUCGGGGUGUUAGUUUUACAGCCAUUGCUGAGCAAACGCUUAAUCAUAAACGAGACGUUGUCAAAAAAAUAUUUCAUCGGCAUUAUUUUAACCAUCAAUUGCAUAAAAACUAAAGAUUUGGUGGACAUAGAAAAUGUGUUCGUUUCCGAAAUGUUUGCUGCUGAUGGUUUGCUGGUGGUGUGCUGCAGGUUCGGGCUUUUGUGUCAUCUUUACGAAAACGUGCAUGACAAUGAACCCAUACCAUUUCAAUGAAGCAAAGUUUGCCGGAAUGUGGUACGAAGCUAGCCGGUUGUACGAUCCAUCCGAUCCCGAGCAGGAGGAUUGCGUGGUGAUGAACUACCGAGCCGCGGAGAACGGAAGCUUUCAUAUUCUGAAGUCGUACCAAAUCACUGAACAUGGAACACCGGUCUAUGUUGGUGGUAACGCAGAACCGGAAGAGCUUAAAUCCAAAAAAGUUCCCAAGUUCUCCGAACGGUUCAACACGAGCAAAAGCGAUGAGCCGGAAAGCCUUAUGGAAAUUCUCGGCGUAGAUUAUGACAACUACGCUAUCUUGUAUUACUGCAAAUCGAUCAAUUCCACGCUCUACUCAGAAACGGCUCGUGUGCUCUCUAGACGCACAACUCUGGAAAAAAAUGACGAGAACGUUAUCAAUGCGUUCCUAAAACACAUCUUUCAGCGUACCGAGCACAAGUGGCGUACCACGCAACAGGAUGCGGAUUUUUGCAAACCGUCGGUGAUCACAACACUCUCGGUGGAAGAGGUGACGGCCAUCACGACACUCUCGAUGGAAGAGGUGACGCACAUCACGAUAUCGUCGCUGGAAGACAAGGCUAACACCAGUUCUUAUGCUAUAUGUCAUCAAGCUGUUUUUCAUGUGAUCGCUAUACUUUUGCUUAUGCUACAUGGCAUAAAUGCGCAUACAUCAGCUGUAAUUUCGAACCAUUCCUUUUGUUCGCGUUGAAAUUCGAUGUAUUUCGCAAAAUGUCAAGAUCAGACGAAAAUAUUUAACAACCAAUCUUCUAGGCAAUGAAAUUCUUUCCUUAAUCUUGCUUGCGUGUGAAGACGCUCGGCAACAUUGCAUUGAAUGAUCGCACAAUUGCAAUGAAGAUCGAGAAAAAUAAAACGGAAAUCGGGCACGUCCUUCCACUUUAUAUCUGUGAUCGGAAUGAAUCUGUGAUCGGCAGAAGGUUGCCUUUGGUCGACGAUGAUGGGUGCAGACUGAAGAGUGCUAGCUUCCGGAUUCCUUUAUGUGGGUCAUGCACUUGGUUUAAUGGUUUAACACUCCACAUACCGGCAAAAGUGCCUUCCAAAUGUUACCGAUUGUAGCCAUUUCGAUAGCACUUUACUAACUAUUUCCGAUGUUACCAUAAAAUGUUUGCUUUCUUUAGCUUUAUUGUUGCAACUAUCCAUUCUUAGUUUCAAGACGCAACUCCAAACAUUAUAAGAAGAAAACUGAUGUGAAAUAAAAAAAAGUGAUUUCCUUAAACGUCCUAAGUGGCGUUUUUAAACUUUCACUAUUUUUAUUCCGAUCUGCGGGUACAAGAAAAAGGGUUUUUAUCUUCGUGCGCCCUUUGUUUUAUACAGGCCGAAAGUACGUCGGCCUCCACCCUUGACUUAACCCGAAAUUGGAUGCUAGCACGAAGACUACUUGGGAUAUUUACAAAAGUUAUGAAAA